UUCAUACUCCACCAACUACUUAUUUGAACGGCCUGAUUCGGCCUUCUUAGAGUUUCAUAGACUACAAAGCCACUAACUUUAUCAACAAUUUUAGUACUAAUUUUCCCCUGCUCGAAAGUGAUUAAGGUUUAUUUACACGAGCUGUUUCUACUUCAUAUUCAUACGCGCUUGCUAUACCAAUUUUGUCCUUUUCCGAACUUCGGGUGAGGGUCCUUAUUUCUUCUCCAACGAAUAUAUCAAUCGAGAAUCCACUGAGGCUUGGCACUUACUCAUUUACGACUACAUAGUCGACUGUACUUCUGCUCAGCAGGUUCGGCCCAACUUAAAUUUUCCUCACUGUAAAUAGUUUGUAAGUUCUUGUUGUGUGCUGCUGUGUCCACCCAGUGCUAAAGAUAUCUAGUAUUCAAUCGUAACACAGACCACGUCGUAGAAAAAAAAAGGUACACGACGAGGAGGUGAAAGACACGGAAAAAUCCUGUCCAUGAUAUCUUGUUGAGAUAAUUUUCUUUUUGAUCCGCUAUAAUUAAAGAUAAAUCAAAGUUGAAAUUAUGUCGGAUCCCCGCGGGUACCACAAUUGCGCGAUUGCGCGGCUCGAGGAGGAGCUCGAGACCGACUGCACCAAGGGUGUUACCCCGGAAAAGGCCGCGGAAAAGUUUGCCCGGGAUGGGCCCAACGAGCUGUUCAAGCCCAAGCCCCCGACGCUGUUCAUGCUUUUCAUCGCGCAAAUGCUGAACGUGAUUAUGCUGCUCCUCUCCGCCUCCGCCUGCGCUUCCCUGGUGAUCGCGGGCACGAGGAGUAACCCCGAGCCGAUCCACUUCGUGGAGGGGAUUGCCAUUUUCGUGAUCGUCUUCCUCAACGCCGGCAUCGCGGCCGUCACGGAGUCGGUGGCCAACCAGGCACUGGAAGCGCUGUCCAAGAUGUCGCAGGCGACGUGCACCGUGAUCCGGAACGGGGAGGAGGUGGAAAUUGACAGCGUGAAGGUGGUCGUCGGGGACCUGGUCGUACUGAAAAUCGGGGACAUAGUGCCGGCAGACCUCCGUAUGCUGGAGAGCAACGAGCUGAAGGUCAACGAAAUGCUGCUCACGGGAGAACCUGACGACGUAGCAAAGAAGGUUUUCAAAUUCGUCGAGACAGGUAUCUUCACCUUAUAAAGUCAACAUUGUAGAUAGAAGGUGUUAUGAUCAUGAUCGACAUGGUCGCAUCCAAGUACGAGGGCAACGUAUUUUUGUCAUGAUAUUAGAUGCACAAGAACGCGAGAUUGUGAUUGAUAUAAUCAAUGAAGACAGAGUGUCGUCCAGCGAUUUCGGAAACAAGAAACCGAGUGGUAUUUGAAUAAAUAUAAAACGAAAUACUUAUCAACCUUAAAGGUGUGGACGCCCGCGAUAGCGGCGCCGAGCACGGCGGCGAGGAGAAGCUGACGCCAGCGUCGAUGGCCUUUUCCUCCUGCCAGGUGACGAACGGUAAGGCAAUAGGCGUUGUCACGGACAUCGGGAUGGCCACCCGAGUCGGCGCCAUCGCGCUGAUGCUGCAGUCCAAAAAGGAGGGUUCGGACAAGGGCUGCCUGCCGGACACCACCAGCAACAUGACCCCGCUGCAGCAAUCGCUGCAAGAUUUGGGGGUCUUAAUCGGGUAUCUGGCGAUCGGCGUGUGCGCGCUGGUCUUCGUAGUUGGGUGGGCCAUCGAUAGCAAGGACGAAACCGAUCCCAGCAAGGAAUCCUGGCUGUAAGGAGUGUUGUUUUUGUUUGUAAGUGCAGAUAAUUUAUUUUCUGUUGAAAUCUGAAUAGGAGUGGAGAUCAGCAAAGUAAGUUCCACGGCCGCGGAGAAGUACAUCUUGUAGGUAGCUAAUUUGCGAACUUGAUGCGAUGAAGAUCCUGAUUUCGAGUGUGCUACUUAUUUUGCUUCCUGAAACGACCGCAACCAAUCAUGUGAAGAAUAUCUUUUCAGGUACAUGAUCCUCGUUUCCGUGACGCUUGCGGUGGCCGCGAUCCCCGAGGGCAUCCCGCUGUGCGUGACCAUUUCCCUCUCCUCUGGGGCCAACACCAUGGUGCAAAGGAAUGUGUUGGUCACCAGGUUAGCCGCGGUGGAGACGCUCGGGUCGGCCAGCGUGAUCUGCACGGACAAGACCGGGACGCUGACGGAGGGAAAGAUGACGCUGGUCAAAAUGUGGUCCGCGGAGAAGCUCUACGACGUGUCCGGGCAGGGCUUCGACCCCAACGUGGGGAAGGUGUACCCGGCCGACGACCCGAUGGAGAUUCCCCAUUCCAUCUCCGGGAUUAACGUGGGUGGCAUGGACCACAUGCCAAACCUGAAAAAGGACGUCAGCACAGCAAAGAUGGGCGGAAACCAGCUGGUAAGUAUGGAUACUAGUACUUUGCUUUUUUCUGUCAUAUCAAAAUCGAUACCACGAGGCUGGUGGAACAUCAAGUCGGGUAAACAUUAGUACCCAGAAGUACUAGGAUUCGUGAUGAGUCAAAUAUUGGCUCCCGUACACUUGUGUUCUUCGAAAACAGUGCUACGUAUACAUCUAUCCAUGUUGUUGUUCCUUCCCCGUACAAUUAUAGGUGCUCCCCUCCGCGACCCCCGGUUUGAAAAAGUCGGACAGUGGCAAGGAAGAGCCGACGGUCCGGUCGACGUUGCUCGCGGGUUUGCUGUGCAGCAACACGUAUGGAAUGCAAAUAUGUCUGGGUCUGGAAGGAUGUUGUAACCUGUGAUGCGCAUUGGCAUUUCAGAACACACAAAAAUCUCUCAUGCAUAGGUAUCAAAAGCUGCUCACUUUCUGUCACCAAAAUGGGGGAUUUGUCAUGCGGGUUCGGCAUUGCGGAAGCGAAGCUUUUCAAAACCUGUGAUGCUAGAGCUUCCAUGCCAGACCUUCUGUGUCAUGCAGAAACAGCAUAACCGUUCCAGACCCAGACAUUUUUGCAUUUGAUAACACCUCUUUAUCGCAGGACCCGGUGUCCAACCAGUGGGUCCCGAAGGGGAACUCGUCCGAGGCACCGUUGGUUGUCGCCGCGGCAAAAGUCGGGUUCUGGGAGAAGGACAUUUCCGCCGCGUUUCCGCGGCUGUUGGAGAUCCCCUUCAAUUCGUCCAGAAAAAUGAUGUUGACAAUAUCAGAAGUGCCAGGUAUAAGUGGAAUUUUCAUAUUGUGUUCGUGCACUUUUGCACCUAUCACAGAAUGAUCUAUGCAGCAGGACAAUUGAUAAACGAAGAAGAUGUAGAUGACUCUAUUGAAGAUUUGAGUGGGUUAGUUCUGUCUCUGUUUGAAAUAUAGUGAAUGGAAUUCCAAACGAAAAUUUUGGUUGAAGAACAUGAAAAAACUACAGCCGGGACCGACCCUCGGAGACAGCGGGAUUUUUUCGCGUUUUUGCAGCUUUUUUGCUGUGUUUUGCAUAUUUUUUUGUGUUUUGCCGGGUGGGUCUCAUUCGAGUUGGUUCCCCCCAGCCAAUGGCAGGCGAACUUGUUCUCCAACAAUUGGCGGGAGAAAACUCGACCGAAGACCGGGGAAACACAAGAAAAAGAAGCAAAACGCGAAAAAAAGCUACGAAAAACGCGAAAAAAAGCUGCAAAACGCAAAAAAAAGCUACAAAACGCGAAAAAUAGCUGCAAAACGCGAAAAAAGGUUGCAAAACGCGAGCAAAAGGCUUUCUCUAAGCAGUUGCGACUGGGCCGCUUUUGUUUCCCUCCCGCAAAGGAACGGGCCCAGAAGCCUCUCCAAUUUCUCCAAUCAAACAAGGAAGAGGGAAAGCUGCAAAAGUUUCAGCUCCCGUUCGUGGGAGAAGGAAGCAGCUGGCUGCGACCGCGGUGCCAACGUGUAAGUAAGCGCUGCCACACGACUGCACUACGUGGGCAGCCAUUUUGCUCUUUCUGCCGCAGGGGGGGCUGGGGCUUUUGCAAAUUUCCCAAAUAAAGCAAGAGUAGCAAACGGCCCAGCUCUUCUCUAGUGCAAACGCCGCGCAAAGAAUCUCAUCGCGCGGCGUCUUUUUUCGUUCUUUGCCCCGCUAUUUCGCUGAUUCGUAGGCGCGAUUUUGCGCCGAGCCGUUGUCGCGAGGUGCAUUCGUGUUGGGUCUAGUCUAAGCUGGUUGGCAUGCUGGAAAGAAGACCGACGGAAACUUGCGGAACGCAUCAAAAUGCCAUCGGUCUACGUAUGGCAAUCCAAAAUAAUCAGGACAGAAUCCAGAUAUCAGCCGGCUUUUGAAGCGAAACACGAUGGGAGUACACUUAGGAAUCACUUCGGCCAGAUAGUCCUUUAUUGAGAAAGUCCACUAGUAAGAAUUCCAAACGAAAAUUUAAAUUUUGGUUGACGAACAUGAAAAAACUACAGCCGGGACCACGACCCUCGGAGACAGCGGGAUUAAAUUGUCCGAAGGCACGAAGUAUCAAGUGUAAAAAUGUCUGGGUCUGGAAGAUUGGAACUUGUGAUGCUAACUUUGGAAUCUAAAAAAAUCUGUAUUGCAUGACCAGCAAGAGGAGCCACAUUUGUGCUACGCGAGGAGGGCAUUUGUCAUGCGGAAAUGGCAUCAGGAAGCUUUCCAAAAAUCUGUGAUGCUGGAUCAUGCAUUACAAGCAUCAUGGGUCAUGCCAGACAAGCAUGACAAGCCUUCCAUUCUUCCAGACCCAAACAUUUUUACAUUUGAUACGAAGUAUGUGGUCAUCGUCAAGGGCGCCCCAAAUAUCAUCCUGGACAGCUGCUCCUUCACCUGCGCCGUCGGGGAUUCUUCGACUCCAAAUUUUGGCAAGGCCGAGAAGUCCAAGGCAAUGGAAACCGUGGAUCAGCUCUCCUCCCAGGCGUUGCGCGUGCUGGCGGUGGCAAUGAGGUACUUACUAAGUUAUGAGGUUCAUUCUUUCAUAAUUAAGCUGAAUACCGAUCGUAGUACGCAAGAACUGAAGACCAAGUGCUUUUGUCUUUCGUGAAUAAUACCGAGGACUUCGAGUUGGAGUUGCGCUUGGUCGACUUUGAGGAAAUGGGAAUCGUCGAUGAUGUAUAGAAAGAUGCAUUCGCUUCAAGAAAAAAACUUUCACAUCAACAGGGAAUACAAGGAGCUUCCGUUCGACAACAACGACGACGAGAUUUCCUCGGACACGAAAUUCAAGCUGAUGCUGGAGGGUGCGCAGCUGCGCUUGCUGGGUCUGUUCGCGUCCAUCGACCCCGCGCGUGAGGGUGUGAAGGAGGCCGUCGAGGCAGCCUACGAGGGGAGCAUCCGGGUCACCAUGAUCACGGGUGACUACUACAAGACGGCCAUUGCCAUCGCCAGAAACAUCAAGAUUCUCUUGCCAGAAGACGACGUGGCAGAGGUAUGAAGAAAAUGAUACGAAGGAUUCAUAUUUACAGCAUGCCGUUCAACAUCUUGCAUGUCGAAACUUCCAACAUCCGAACAUCUUGAUGCGAACAACAUUCACCGCAUUCUUAAUUAACCCUUCAGGCCGCCCUGGACUGCGGCGGAUUGCGUCCGAACGGGGAGUAUCUGCCCGAGGUGGAGAUUGACUUCUUGACCAGUAAUAUCGCACGAAAAAAGUGUUUCACUGUAGGGAUUUUGCAAGUUUUGCAUCACAAGUUUGUUCUACAUCACAGAGAAAAUUUGCCAUGUGAGAUUCCGAAGGGAAAACACAGCUAAAAAUCUAGUGUCUUGCAUGUGUAGCAAGACAAACCCUUCUCAGAUACAUUUUUUGCAUCUUUUGGCUCAAGACUUCUUGUCUUGUGGCCAUUUUCCCACAUUAGAGACGGGGCCGCACCCCCGUGAGAUCAACUCGUCCGGACUCAUCGUGGAGAUCAACCCCCGUGAGAUCCAAGAUCCGUAGAGGCACUCUGUAACAGGCUUCAGGUGCGGCUGAUGAACCUUUCGUCCCAUUCGUAGAAACUUCCUAGUAAAUCAAAACAAAACAAAAAUGAGGACUCAUCUGCCCUCCACCUGAAGCGCGCACGUGCGCAAAAUGCUUCGGUGGUGCCGGCGGGUGUUUCGCCCGGUUCUUCUUCUGUCACCAGCGGCGGCGAGCAUUUUGACUUGCGAGAGCCUUCUCCUUCUCGGAGUAACGUGCGCGAGCUUUUCCUCUCGGAGUAAAUGCGGGCUUACCUAGCACGAGCUUCUCCUCUCAGAGUAACUUGCGCGACUUCUUCAUCUCGGAGUACGGGUCGGCUCUGCGCGAGCUCCUCCUCUUGGAGUGACCUGUAAAAUCAACACGCGCUUCCUUCGCUUGGAAAUGCCGUUCAAGCUACGCGACGCGUUUUCUCUCCUCGGUCACACGUAGCGUAACGAAGCAACGGGGACAGCUCCGCAUCAGUGGCGAUGCGCUCUAGCCUUUCGAUCGGCAGAUACAAUCCGCAAACUGGCGCGUUGCGUUGGGGUCGGAGCACUCGUCGCGGAUUGCCGGCGCGUUUCCAUCUCCGGUCCACGAGGAUGCCGCGCACACUAGCGGAGCGCCCUGUUGCUUGGGAGAUCAGGGACUCUUACCAUAUUUUCCUUCUUUGCUUCCUGUUUUUCAUGCAUUAAAAUUAAAUUUUAAAAAUUCGUAUUUUCAUUUGCAUGUCUCUGAACCUGCUUGCUUCGCUUCUCGCUGUUCUGGUUGUGGAUAGCGGUGUCCGCAACAUAUUUUGCGAUCUCCUCUCAUUCUAAGUGCCCAAUACUCAAAUACUGAUCUCAGGCUCAUCAUCGUACUCGGACCGUCUGCGCUGGCUCCGGCCUCGUUUUACGUUUGUGACGCCUUUGCCUGCAGUGGGUGCUUCGUGUUGCAGCGGCUUGUCGGUGUGAUCAAAUCGGGCCUGGACACAGCUUCUCCUGCCUACGGCGCGGUGGUUCCUCGAGAUCUGUUGUGGUUGCAGUGAUCUACAGUGUGCGACAAGUGCCGGCCGCAGGAUGUCCAAGGGGAUUCGCCGGUCGUGGCCAUCAACUCCACGUCGCAGACGGCUGGAAUCUUUCGCUAUGCUAUUCCUUUAUAUCAAGGCUGAGGCAGGGCCAAAUGAGCCCUGGUCCGAUCGCCCCCAAAUGUGUGCGGCGCGGCCUCCCAAAUGCGAGAGGUCAGCCUUGAUAUAAAGAUGCCCGCUAUGUGGUCGGUACUUAUAUGCCUGCGCUCCAGACCUUCGCGGGUGCUCGUCGUCGUGCGGCUGCGAUCUGUUGCAGGGAGGCGGUUUCCGGACUAGCGGGUGUGAGUGUUCGGUGGUGUGGUCAACAUACUUCGCCAGUUUCCCCUCCAGCAAGACCGUUCUCGCCUCCAUCUCAGUGAGGUCGUGGAUAGGAUUUGGUGGGUGACUCCCGUUGCGUGAUGAUCCUGCCCUGUCUGAUUCCACGUCCCCGGCACACUCGGGUAGUAGGUCGGGUUGGUGGUUUGCCAUCGUCGUUCGCUUGGACCCUGGGGUUUCCUUCAAGGCGUUCGGCAGGUCUCGCGGCCUCGCGCUUCAAGGUGUGUUGCCCUGAGAUCGGGUGGUCUUCGGACUGCUGCGGAUCUUCACCUUGCUGCCCGUUGUGCUUCUUGACUGGUGGUUUUCCUCCUUCCUUGCUUUGCUCCUCCUGUUGUGCUUGGUCCCCAGAGUUCCAGGGCCUUGGUUCUCUGGGUUACCUGGGUCGAGUUGGUUGUGCGGUUCGAUUCUUCCUAUGCCCCUGCCCCUCUGGUCUGUGCCGCUGCAGCCGGAGGUGUGCGUUUUCAUUCGUCAGCCAGCCUCUUAGAGCUGAAGCUAUAUGACGUUUGCGUUGGGGAGAUUCUCAACGGUCCCUCAGGGCAUUGCCCCGUUGCUCGCUCUUGGUGGGAGGUGGUUGAGCUUGCUUCGGGAAGAGUAGCCGGAGUUGAAUUGGCUUUCAGCCUUUUCAUUUGUGAAUUCGAGGGCAGUGGUUGGCAGAGGUUGUGCGGGAUAUUCAGUUUUUGUUAUCCCGGGACAUUUGUGUUCCUUACCCACUUCCUCAUUUCCUGGUUGACCAGUUGGUAUGGUCGACUAUAGGUGCCACCCUCGUUUCUCACCUCCAGGGGCCCUGGGCUCACCUCACCAGUGAUGUUUCACUUGGUGGAAGUUGACAGGGUUCUACGAGCUAUUUUGGGUGUCUAUUGUCUACAUUUUUUGCAUCACAAGUUCACAGUGAAGCAGUUUUUUCUCGGGACAAGUAAGGUGAAGGUGUUCGCCCGCGCCAAACCGGAGGACAAACUGGAGAUCGUCGGGUCCCUGCAGCGCCAGGGCCUGGUGUGCGCGAUGACAGGGGUAUCAAAUGCAACAAUGUCAGGGCUGGAAGAGCACAACUUUGUCAUGCACAUUUUCCAUGAUCCAUGAUGUCUGUCAUGUAUGCCAUAGCAUCACAGAUUAGAUUUUUUGAGCGCUUAUCUAUGCGCAUCCAGCAUGACAAAUGCCCUCUCCGCGUAGCCAAAUUUGAAUCCUCUUGCUGGUCAUGCAAUACAGGCUUUUUUAGCAUCUAAAUGCAGCAUCACAAGUUUGGCUCUUCCAGGCCCAGACACUUUUGCAUUUGAUAAGGGGACGGCGUCAACGACGCCCCGGCGCUUAACAAGGCCGACAUCGGGAUCGCAAUGGGCAUCCAGGGUACGGACGUCGCCAAGGGCGCCAGUUCCAUGAUUCUGGUGGACGACAACUUCGUUUCCAUCGUGGGCGCGGUCGAGAUGGGCCGCGUGAUCUACGCGGGCAUCCAGAAGUUCGUCGCGUUUAUCAUGUCGGUGCACAUCGGGGAGGUGAUGCAGAUCUUUUUCUGCGUCGUGGCGAAAAUCCCGAUCAUGCGGCAGCCCCUGCAGAUUCUCUUCCUCAUCCUGGUCACCGACCUGCCGCCCGCGGUCGCGCUGGGGAUGGAGCCCGGGUCCGCUACCAUCAUGCGGGACCGCCCGAGGCCCAAGAAGCAGCCCAUUGUCUUGCGGUGGAUGUGGAUGUCCAUCGUCAUCAACGGUUUGAUUCUCUCCAUCGUCAUCGCCAUCUGCUACCUGCUCUGCUUGGAGUACUACGUGGGUACCAUCCCGAAAGACGAGAUCAAAGACGCCAUCGACCACGAGGAUGCGUUCGACAAAGCUAACAGCAACUGCAUUAUCCUGCUGUAUAAGAACGUACCCACGAGGACCCCAUAUAGUCAAGUUGACAUGCAUGACUCACUGUUUUGUAGUUCCGGUUAGCAAGGACAGCCGCAUCACACCGCCAUUUCCUCAUCCUGUUUGCAGCGUUGAAAAUGCCAAAACACGACUGGAAGUGCCUGUAUUGCGGAUGCGCAUUACAACUGUUGCCGUAUGAUUAUAUUGCAAAUCUGCACGUCCACGUUCUUGACAACUCUGGUGGUCGUCGUGGGGGAGAUUUAUGCACAUCAUAGGCAGUCAGGGCAUGUCGCAUGCAAACCUGGAUCCUCCGAGCUGGUACGUCCACUUACUCAAAAAUGGCAAAAAGAUAUUGUUUGACUUCACUGCAUGCGUUGAGUUCUGUAGUGAGUUUCCGACGAAAAAACGAAGUACAACUUUCUUUUGUCGUGUCAACAUGUCUUUGAUAAAUCUACGUCUACCGCGUGGAAACUUUCUUCACAGUUUGAUCACGAGCGGGAAAUGACCUCUUUCAUUUGUGUCCACAGUUACAAGAAUACGCCACGAGAUAGAAGGAAUACAACACCUUCCGGUUGUAGUACAGCGACGAAAGAACACGCGCAAUAAAAAUCAAGAUCAACAAUCAAUGAAAAAAAGGUACUGCGCAUGCCGGAUGGCAGGAGACAGCGAAGACACGUGCAACGAUGAUUCACGGAAGAUGAGCACAAAGAUGCGGUUGCGUCUGGCGGUAUGGUGGAACAUCAAGAUUUAUGGCACCUUUGACGCCCGCUCCGAUGUUGUACUUAGAUGUUGAUGUUGGGUGGAACUGCAUGUCCUCCUUCCUUUGCACGGGCGAAUGGUGGUUGUGUAGUCUUCAUGGCACCACGCGCGUUUUCUUGUUUUCUAUGUUCCCAUGGGGUCUUUUUUUCGAUGUAUGAGUUGAGACAUCGGUGCGGACCGAUAAGCGUGUUGUAGCUGCAUUUUCCAUCCAUACUCCCGUACCGCAACCUUUGUCGCCGUGGUGUACGCAGAAAACGUCCGCGCCUACACAAGCAGGUCGUUCGACGAGCCCUUUUUUGUGGAGAUGUUCAAGAACACGGCAAUGCAGAAGGCCAUCGCAAUCGCACAGAUUGCGCUCUUAUCCUGCGCAAAGUUUUUAGUCGUACUCGGGUGGCUUUGACUUUGAAUCGCAAUAAUUUUGCAUGGGAAUAAUAAAUCAAUGCGUAGUUUUCACUCUCUCCGGUUGUACUAUCUGCAUAAGUUACAGAUUCCGUUUGCUAGUGCGAGAAAGGAAUUUUUGCAAGGGAUAACUCUACUUCGUCAUUUUCAUUCCCGUAUCAACCGCAAAAAUGUCUGGGUCUGGAAGAGUGCGCGAUUUGUCAUGCAGCUUUUCCAUGACCCAGGAAGCCUGGAAUGCAGGACCUAGCAUGACAGAUUCUGUGCAAUCUCUCUCAUGCCUAUCCUGCAUGAGAAAAUCCCUCCCGACUUGGUCAAAACUGGACGACUUUUGGUAAUCACGCAACACAGAUUUUUGCAUGCUCGAGAUUUAGCAUGACAAGUUGCAUUCUUCCAGACCCAGACACUUUUACAUUUGAUAUCCCGGACUCUCGGACGCCAUUUUCGAGCUCGAGGGCGUGAGGAUGUCGACUUACUUAUCCCGUGUUAAAGCGUCGCCACCCCAUGAUGCUUCGUCUCAUGCAGGUUUGCAUGCUGAGGCUCAGCAAGCUUGCCAUGCAAAGACCCACAGCGGCCACUUUGCAUUCGUACUUACUUUGGUAUGUGUCAUGAUGCUCCAAGCAGGAUAAGCAUAAGGUAGUUGAUGCUCCAUUAGGCUUACAGUGAAGAUGCCGCUCCAUUGGCCAGCUAGUCAUAGCCAUGGCAAUAUUAAUUGCCCAAGAUUUUUGUCAUGCGUCGGAAGAUGACAGAAUACCCAGCUUGAUGACUCUGGGGUGGGUAGUAAGUACGUUUUGCACGGGAUAUCAAGAAGAUAUGGAAGGGGAGACAGGCGUUGGGUACGCGUUCGCCUUCGGAUCUGCUGCGGCCUGUAUUCUUAUACGCGUUCACGUGGUUGUUUUUCGUCCGCAUACAUCAAAUAGUCGCCCUCUUGAUUUCUCAGUUGUACCCACUAUUCUGUGGUCGCCGUGGGCAUUUAGGUGGAAAAGUAGCACCAGUAAAUUCUCAAAUAUAACAACGCCAGAAAAAAAAAUGCAAUCUUUCGAAAGAAAAUGAAAUACACAAAUACCAUUCGUUUUCAGGUGUCCUGCUGUGUGAGCUGUACAAAUUUGUCGUGAAGGGCCAAAUCCGGGAGUUCGCCCGGCAACUGAAGGAGCAGCAGGAGGCCGAGGAGGCGGAGCGCCAGAGGCUGAUCGCCGCCAAGGAGCCGCUUCCGGUCUCCCUCUCCAAGGGCGGCAGCAAGGAGCUGCUCGGGAGCAAGGGCGGAAGCAAGGACAAGAAGACGUCAAAGGACAACGGACCGCCCAAGGAGCAGGAGGUGACCAAGCCGCCCGUGAUGGUCGCGGAGAACGGUACCGGCGGACCGGGGACGGAGCUCACCGAGGUCGCGGUCGAAGUGCCGGCGGAUAGCACGGCAUAAAAAGGGAUCUUCGCUUGUUGUUCUUUGUUUUGAAGAAAAAAUCAAGUAGAGCGGAAAAAAAUCUACUCUGUCUUCUUGUUCUCCUCGCGGAAACAAGAUGUUCAUGUUGACCCUCUCGAGAGGCGGUGCCAGGUGAAAAGCCGGAAAGAAUGGCAUCGCUUCCUUUAAGUUGCCAAAAUAAGAAUCAUGGCAUCAGAAAUAUAGAAGCUGGACGAGCAUAUAUGGAUCCGUAAAAUAAAUAAAGCUACGUACAAAGAAAUCGAAUAUGAAAACGGGUUCUCUGUGCGAAGUACAACGAGGAGGGCGACGAUGAAUUGUACUUGUCAAAUAUCGAUGACGAUGUCGCGUUCGCCGGUCGUGCUAUCGAAGAGCUGCCAGCAUUUUUUCCAACAGCACUACUGGUAGACUAAAAAUUAAAGACCACCCCUUUAGCAUGUCGAUGUCCCCGCCGCAAGGAGGGGCGCAGUAGCCGCUCGUAAAAAUUCAAGCCUCCUGUACAAUUGCAAUUCUGAGUGAAAAAUGCAACAGAAGUUUCUUUUAGACCGAGAUUGAUAUUACAACUACAGCAGGGUCUGAGACGAUAUGACCACUACAGAAAUUUCACCUCCAGACGGGCAGCAUUCUGAAUACCGUCGCCUCUGACCACCACUGUAAGCCAGUUGACGAAUGUUUCUGUUUCUUUUGACGUAUUGGUAUAAUCAUGAAUGAAUCUUAUGAAAACCACCUCGCUAUUUACAUCAUGAUACAAUUACGAACUAUAAAUCACAAGAAAUCUACUAGCCAAGUGACACACGACGAUGACACUCGACAUCUAGUACCGUGAGAAUGGUUCACGACAUUUUGUUGUGCCGGUUAUAGUGUGCUUGCUGUGCAGACUCUGUUGAUAGGUAGCCAAGCAUGUCUUUUCCGAGGAUACUUAAACAAUUUGGUUAAAAAGUGCUACUUUUGUGUGUAGAAGACGAGGAUCUGAAAACAGUACUAAAAAAUUGAUAUGAGCAGACUGACUUACAUCUCGGACUACGAUUUCUAACUCCAAUUAUCUGUACCAUGUUGAAAUUUCAGCGGCAGGACCUUGCUUGCUGCGUGUCAUGAUGAUGUAGAAGGUAU